AUGACUUCCCAGGAAUGGCACCCACAAGACUACCAAGACGCCGUCACCAACACCUUCAGCGAGGACGAACUCACCCGACUCCUCGAACGACCCGGCUGCGCGCCACGCUUCGUCUACGGGGCCCUCAUGCUGCCCACCGUGCUGAAGUAUUUCAUCAACGAGAGCCAGGCCGUCAGGAUCCACGAGCGCAUGACACGCGCCACGGUCCCGGGGUACAAGCUGUAUCAAUUUUCGAGCACCAGCACCCCAGUUCUGCGGCCGUGCGGCGAACCUGGCUCGGUCGUAGAGGGGAUGCUGGUGCUCGGGCUGGACGAGAAGCAGCGCAACGCGAUUUACGAAGUCGAGGGCGGGUUGAUGGAUUUGGUGAGCUUGCAGGUGCGAAUUCAAAUGAUUGAGAAGCUCGAGGGGCAUGAGGUUCGGAGCGUCAGGACCGUGGAUGCGGGUGCGUUUGCGUGGACGGGGUCCGCGGAUGGGUUGAUCCCCGUAGAGAGCUCGAGAUGGGCAGUGAAUGGCUUUUUGAAAGAGCCGUUUUAUGAACAGAUUGUGGCGUCGCAGCGUAGACAGGCUUUGGGCAGCAGGGACCAGCCAUCGACGGUUUCCGAUGGCGUUUGA